GUCUCGCUCCCGUGGGACCGGUACUUCUUAUCUAUAAGAAAAGACUCACGACCGUAUGGACGAACACAAACUAUGAGCACUCUACUUCCUCUUCUCCUUGGUCUUUCUACAUGUUCUGUUCUUUAGAACUUUAGAGGCCUCUUCAUCGGUACUUCAUCUUCCAUCAUAGCAGAUCAACAUCCUCAGACCGGAUUGUAGCGGCACAAUAUGUAUUCAGUACUCCGAUGACUUAUGUUACCAUAUAUGCUUGCUUGUGCUGUGUGGCUCUCCCUUCACAUGCUUUCAUCCCAGCCAGCUAAUAUCAAAGGCGCGAUGGACUCCUCCGAGAAGACCAAAGGAAAGGAGAAGGUGGAGACCAUGGAAGUGAGCAAAACCAUCAGUUCUGUUGGAGGGGAGCGUAACCCCAGUGCAGCAGGCGGCCUUUCCCCUGGCGAUAUCCUAGCAACGGACGUUUGGGCCGAAAAAAUGCUGGAUAAAAUCAAAGUCGUCCUUCAGAAGCCACCUAGUUACACUGCAUCCAAAAGCAUCAGCACAGCUCCUGCAAGCACUGAGGACCGUGACAAGAAGCUUUACGAGCCAAGGGCGGUGGCCAUCGGCCCCUACCACCGGAAGGCGGAGAAUAAUUAUUUCAGAAUCACAGAUGAACACAAACUGUGGUGUGUGAAAGAAGUGAUCGUUUUAGCAAAAAAGAAAAAAGAAGAAGUGAUCGUCUUUCACCAAAAGUUAAAAGAAGAAGAAGAAGAAGUGAUCGGCGAAUUCCUCCGCAAAUUCGUCGGUAAGAUGAAGGAGAGGGAAGAAGAUGCUGUGAAGUUUUAUCGUAAGCAUUAUGGGACAGGCUAUAACUUCCGCAUGGAUUCCCAAAGUUUCCUGGAGAUGCUAAUGCUUGAUAGCUGCUUCAUCUUGUUUGCGCUUUCAUUGCGUUACGAUAUUGCCAAGGUAAUCCCUAUUCUGUUUGGCUUAGGCGAUAUAACAUGGGCACCACGUGAUAUAGUGGAGGCAUCGGAACUUGUCAAGACUGACUUGCUGUUGCUCAACAACCAAAUCCCUUUCUUUAUCCUUGAGGAUGUUUUCAAGAUGAAAAAUGAUAUUGACCCAACAAAAAAGAUGCAGAAUGGAGGCACUGAAGGCAACGGCUCAAUCAGAAAAGUUGCUUUCGAGUUUUUUAGUUUUCUCGAUUUAGGAGGGAACAGUUCGCAAGACACAGAAACUACGGAGGUUGAUCAUCUGCUUGAUUUGUACCACAUGUAUUUGAAGCCACCGGUGCAUCCUGGUCGAAGCUUGCUUGGAGAUAUUCUUCCAUUUAUCGAUCCACCGCGAUCUCUCCCCAGCGCAACAAAGCUCCAACAAAAGUCUGCGGUGAAUUUUAAGGUGAAAAAAUGGAAGGUGUGCCGCAAAGCGUACUUGACGUAACGACGUGCAAAUCUGGAGAUAUCCAGAUGCCGGUCUUGCGCGUCGAAGACCAUACCAAUAUUCUCCUCCAUAAUCUAAUCAGCUUUGAGGAGUCUAAAAGCCACUCGCACAUCACAGCCUACGUCGCAUUCUUGCAUCACAUCGUGCGGGGAGAAGAAGACGUGGAGCUGCUUGAGACUAGGAGGGUGUUGGAGCACAGAUUGAGCAGCCCUGCGGAGGUGGUCGCUCUCUUCAGGCAAUUACAUAAUGUGAUCGAUCCUUGUAAGACGCCGGGUUACUUGGCUAGGGUAUACGAGGAGGUGAAUCGUUGUUGCGACAGCAAGUGGCGCCAACUGUAUGCCAAUGCGAAGCAACGUUAUUGCUCCAAUGUAUGGCUGAGCAUCUCGUUUGUUGCCGGUAUCGCUCUGUCAGUUCUCACCCUCAUCGAGACCAUGUACGCCAUCAUCGGCUUCUAUCAAAGUUGAAUGGCACCGCUGCUAGCUAGGAGCAGCGUCUGAUGUUAUUCUGAAUAAAUGGUGCAUGUAUGUAAUCCAUCGCGUAUGAUCCGUCCCACUUGUCUCAGAUGUAAUGUUCUUUCCUGUGUUGUAUGCAUUGUAAGCUGUCUGAUGUCUCUCCCCUAGAUUUCAGGGAUCCUCCCUCCAUCGGGGGAGACGAAGUAUUUUUCAUCUUCUUUUGGUGUAAUAAUUGUGGUGGUAGUUACUUGUGUGAA